CAAGUGAAUGCCCGAGGUAGAGCGGUGUACAGAGAGCGGCGUGCACAGUUUAGAGCUGAAUCCGCAGACAAUCAACGGCCAAAUUAUCGCCAAGGCAGAGUUCCGCUUCGUCUUCGCGAUCAAAUGGAACAUGUUGGCUUUCACUACGAUCCUGACUGCGACUACAGCCUGCAUGGUUCCAUUGGAGCAAUGGAUAUUAUUUGUACGCAUUGCAAUGCAGCGAAGUUUCGAGGAGAAACAGCUGGCAUGUGCUGCUCCGGUGGCAAAGUGAAACUGCCUGCAUUGGAACCGCCACCAGAACCACUACAUUCCAUCAACAAAUCGCAAGGGCAAACGUUUCGAGUGUGCGGCGUCUAUUUGGAAGAACCGUGCUUCUCCCACGGCCAAUUGUAUGUCGCAUGUUCGAGAGUGGGAACACCAAGGUGCUUAUUCAUUUACGCGCCAGGUGGAAAAACCAAAAAUGUUGUAUACUAAAAUGUUAUAUAAAUAAGUAAUAGUUUUACAACAAGAAAUAAAACACAAAGUAAAAACCC